AUUGAAAGAACCUGCGCUUUCCCCGGCGUACCUUACACCCCCGCAGAAGCUGGAUGGUUAAAAGCAGCUCCCAUUGGAGCCAGAGGCUGCUACAGCCACAGCCGCAGCGACAGCUGAAGCAGGAGCUGCCAGUAGCAGAGCUGACCUACGGGAGGAAGCUGAACAAAGACUUCAGGCCAGGCAUUUGACUGUCUUCCGGAGUCUGAGAUGAGAUCUGUGACCGAGGCAACUGAGCCAUUCUAGAAGUGCCAGCAGAAGGGUUCCCUCCAGGGGAGACAGACUCAUGUGGUGAUGGUCCCAGCCAAAGCGACCUUGAGUUUGUACGCUCUUCUUCUCUAGGAAGGUGAAAGCCAAGCAGCCUGAACAGUGACUUAUGUGAAAGGAAGUCCCCUUGGGACUCAUCCCUAAUAGGAGGAGAUAGGGCUGCCCUGAGACCUUUUGGUAGCAGCUUCAGGACAGGCUGAUGGGAAAGGACCCUCUUGGAGUGGCUCAUGUUGAAGUGGGAAGCACUUCUUGCCAUCUUGCCUUUGGAGUAAAGCCAGAACAUCCAGGAACAGCAAGGCAGAAGCGAUCAUGGAGAAUGUGGCCCGAACAUUUGAGAGAGAUCUGCCUUCUCAAGAAUCUUCCCUUCCCCAAGAAAGGAGCACCGAGCAGGAGGAAGGAAUGACCUCUGAUCUCCUGUCAGUCAGAGCCCAGGAAUUAGUAACAUUCAAGGAUGUAGCUGUGGACUUUACUCAAGAAGAAUGGAGGCAACUGGACCCAGAGCAGAGAGACCUUUACAGGGAAGUGAUGCUGGAGAACUACGAGAACUUUGUCUCCUUAGGGUUUCCAGUUUUUAAACCAGAUGUGAUAUCCCAGCUGGAGCGAGGGGAAGGACCAUGGACAUCAGAGACAGAAGUCCCACAAAUUGUUUGUCCAGAUUCCAUUAUUCAGAAGGCAGGGUGUGAAAACUUGGACUGGAUUCAAAAGCAGGGUGUUUCUCUGGGAGAGUCAUCUAAGGAGAUAAUCAGAAAGAAUUAUCCCUGGUCUUGCAAGUUGGGAGGAGCAUGGGAAUGUAAUGUCAGGCAAGAGAAGCAGAAGGGCAACUGGAAUAAACAAUCCAAGGAAGUUACAAUAUUUCACACGAAAACUAAUGAUGAGUUUAAUAUUAAUGAAUGUAAUAUGUUUGGAAGAAGGUUUAGUCUAGCAUCAAUCAUUGUUGCACCACAGAGGGUUCCAAUAGGAAAAAUUCUCCAUAAAUAUGAUACACUUACUAAGAACUUCAAACAGUUCUCAGAACUAAAUAAACAUAAUAGAAUGCCCUAUUCUAUUUGUAAGUAUGGUAAAUGCAGGAAACCCUUCACUUACCACUCAGACCUUAUUCAGUAUCAUAGAAUACAUACUGUAGAAAGACCAUAUGAAUGUAAUGAAUGUGGAAAAUCCUUUACCAAUAAUUCAAUCCUUAGAAACCACCAGAGAAUUCACACUGGAGAGAAACCUUAUAAUUGUAAUGAAUGUGGUAAAGCUUUCAACCAGAGAGGUCAUCUUACUGAACAUCAGAGAAUUCAUACUGGAGAGAAACCCUACAUAUGUAAUGAAUGUGGGAAAGCCUUCAGUAACAACUCCAUACUUAGGAGUCACCAGAGAAUUCAUACUGGAGAGAAACCCUACAAAUGUAAUGAAUGUGGGAAAACCUUCAACCAGAGGGGCCAUCUUAAUGAACACCAGAGAAUCCAUACUGGAGAAAAGCCUUUUGAAUGUGCUGAAUGUGGGAAAGCUUUUAGUCAUAGAGUAUAUCUUACUCUACAUCAGAGAAUUCAUACUGGAGAAAAACCAUAUAAAUGUAACGAAUGUGGUAAAUCCUUCAGCCAGAGGGGACACCUUACAGAACAUCAGAGAAUUCAUACUGGAGAGAAGCCCUAUAUCUGUAAUGAAUGUGGGAAAGCCUUCAGCAACAACUCAAUUCUUAGGAAUCAUCAAAGAAUUCAUUCUGGUGAAAGGCCCUAUAAAUGUACUGAAUGUGGAAAAACCUUCAACCAGACAAGACAUCUUAUUCAACAUCAGAGAAUUCAUACUGGUGAGAAACCUUUUGCAUGCACUGAAUGUGGAAAAGCUUUCAGUCAUAGGGUAUACCUUACUUUACAUCAGAGAACUCAUACUGGAGAGAAACCCUAUAAAUGUAAUGAAUGUGGGAAAACUUUCAGCCAGAGGGGGCAUCAUACUGAGCACCAGAGAGUUCAUACAGGAGAGAAACCCUACAUCUGUAAUGAAUGUGGGAAAGCCUUCAGCAAUAACUCAAUCCUUAAGAAUCAUCAGAGAAUUCAUACUGGAGAAAAACCCUAUAACUGUAAUCAUUGUGAGAAAGCAUUCAAACAGAAGAGGCACCUUACUGACCAUCAGAGAGUCCAUACUGGAGAAAGAUUUUUAAAACGUUUGGAAAGAGGGAAAGCUUUAAGCCAUAAGGCCAGGCUUGCUCUACAGAGAAUCCAUGCUGGUGAGAAACCCUUUGAAUUUAAUCAAUGUGGAAACACUGUUAACCAGAAUUCAAACCUUACUCUACAUCCAAUAAUUGAUACUGGGGAGAAACCAUUUGAGCAUAAGGAAUCUGGGAAGGUGUUAUUCCAGAAGGGACACCUUAUUGAACAUCAGAAGAGCCAUGCUGGAGAGAAACUCUUUGAGUGUAAUGAGAGUGGUAAGAAUUUUAGCAAAAGUCUCCACUUGAUUGAACAUCAGAGAAUUCAUACUGGAGAGAAAUCCUUUCAGUGUAAUAUAUGUGGGAAAGACUUCAGUCAGAAGGGUCACCUUACUGAACAUAAGAGAAUUCAUUCUGGAGAGAAGCUCUUUGAAUGCAGUGUGUGUAGGAAGAGUUUUAGUCAUAGGACAUCCUUUAUUAAUCAUCAGAAGAUUCAUUCUGGAGAGAAACCCUAUGAAUGCAAUGAAUGUGGAAAAGCUUUCAGCAAUAACUCAAGCCUUUGGAAUCAUCACAGAAUUCAUACAGGGGAGAAGCCCUUUGAAUGCAAUGAAUGUGGAAAAGCCUUCAGCCAGAGGGGACACCUUACUGAACAUCAGAAAAUUCAUACUGGAGAGAAACCCUUUGAGUGUAAUGAAUGUGGUAAACACUUCAGCCAUAAAACAUCCUUUAUCAAUCAUCACAGAAUUCAUACUGGAGAGAAACCCUAUGAAUGCAAUGAAUGUGGAAAAACCUUCAGAAGUAAUUCAGUCCUCAGGGAUCACGAAAGAAUACAUACUGGAGAAAAACCCUUUGAGUGUAAUGAAUGUGGAAAAGCUUUCCGUCAGAGGGGCCACCUUGCUGAACAUAGGAGAAUUCAUACUGGAAAGAAACCCUUUGAUUGUAAAGAAUGUGGGAAAGCAUUUAGCACCAGCUCAACACUUAGGAAACAUCUUUGUAAGCAUCUUUCUAAACUUUAAGCAUUAGUUAUGACUUAAUUUAAAAAUGAAUAUUGAAGCCUAUAAUUAGGCUAAGGGAUAAUGUUGGCUUGUGCUUCAAAACUUAUCAGACAUCAGAGACUUUAUGCUGGAUGUUUAACUAGGGAUGUAAUGAUGUAGGAAAAAUUUGUUGACUUCUCAUUGCUAAGUACUGGAGAGUCAAUAUGUCAGUUUGUCCCUAGGUACAAAGUUGCUUGGUGCUUUAAUAGAUCAAAAUAACUUUGUUCUCCUUUAUGCAUCCAGUAAUACAUGUUAACUGCCAUCAGGCAGCAGUAACAUAGUGUUAGUCAAUACAGCAACUUGUGCUAGUUUCAAACUAAUGCUUAAACUACAAGAUUUCUAAAAGAAUCUUUUAAAUGAAAGUGCUAAGGUGUUAUUUAAGAAAAAAAAUUAAUUUGAAUACCUUUGGAAUAAAAGAUUGAAAGAUAGUGGGAAAAUUGCCUAAGAUAACUUUUUGCCUGAGAUUCGAAAAUAACAUAUGAAACAUCUCAUUCUGGAAGUUUCUCUAAGAAGGUUUAUAUUGAUUUACCUUGGAUGUGAAGGGGUCCAAUUUAUAGCUACUACUAUAUUCCAUUUUGGUCUUGGAUAGAACUAUAGUAUGUCAUAGCUGGAAGGCACUCCAAAAUCAUUUAAUCCUACUUUCCUAUUUUGUGGAAGGGAGUAAUGUAGGUAAUUUUGGCAAAGGAGAUUAAGGAUGAAAUUCCAUUUUUAAAAAUUUCUGUUUCUUGUUGCAAAAGUGCAUCAGAAAUUUUAGGAGAGUUCAACCUGUGUGUGUAGGGAGUGGGUUGGGGGAAGCAUAGACUCCCUGGGGAGAGCUGACUCUAAGAAUAAGAUAUAGAUGGAAAGGACAGGUGUCACAACUUGGUUAGCUGCCUUUCCACAUGGUUGUGACUAGCCUUAUUAGACUAUGGCAUAAAAGGAAUACCAGGUUAGAUUCUUCAUGGGCCCUGAGAUAUUUUGUGUUACAACACAUUGACCUAGGGACAUCAAGGUGAUGAAGAUACAGAUUCCAGAUGUUGAAGCAGUCUUUAUUACCCCUUAGUUGCCCCUCUUAUUUCUCUCUGAAUUAUAGGAUCUUAUUAAUUAGAGCUGGAAAAACACCUAGAGAUCAUACAUUCAGACCUCUCACUUUACAGUUGAAGCUCAGGCCCAGAGAGCAGAAAUAACUUUCCAAAGAUAAUACAAUCAGUAAGUGGCUGAGGUCAGGUUCAGACCCAGAUGUUCUGACUCCAAAUCUUGUGCUUUUUCCCCACCAUCCUCCCUGAAAAUUCCUCCCUAAUGCUGCUCUUCUACUUUGUAUAGAAUCAUUCAAGUGCUGGGUUUGGAACAAGGAAUGCCUGGGCUUGGGUCUCCCCUCCAGUGUUUAUUAGCUCUUUGACCAUGGGCACGUCAUUCAACCUUUCUGACCCCGUUUGCUUAUCUAUAAAGUGAGAGAAGACCUGCAGUCCCCAUUUCCUAGGGUGGUUGUGGGGCUUAAAUGAGGUAGUAUAUGUAAGAUGCUUUGCAAAAUAAGGUAUGUCGGUCGUUAUAAACCAUAAUUGCUUGUUCUACUUAUAUACACUCCAGAUACACAAAUAAAUCUUUUGGUCCAGU